AUCAAAGAUGUCUAAACCGAAAUUAAUAGUGUUCGACCUCGAUUUCACCCUCUGGCCAUUAUAUUCUGAUGCUCAUGUUGAUCCACCUUUCCACAUCGAUGACAGCGGAGUGGUGCGAGAUUCAAGAUUUGCCUUUGUUCCCGUUUAUCAAGAUACUGAAAAGAUCCUGAGCUCACUCCAUAGUCAGGGAUUCAAGAUCGCCAUUGCAUCACGAUCCACUGAUCCAGAAGGAGCCAAUCAGCUGCUGUCACUCUAUAAUUUCAACCAAUACAUCUCCUUCAAAGAGAUCUACCCUGGGUCAAAGGUCACUCACUUUAAGAGGCUGAAAGCUGACAGCGGCGUCCAGUUUUCUGACAUGAUGUUCUUUGAUGAUGAGAGUAGGAACAUCAUGGAGGUGGGCAGGCUGGGGGUUCACUGCGUGUUGGUUCGUGAUGAGAUGACCUCUGAUCUAGUCCAUAAAGCACUGGAGCAGUUCAGCAAGAAGUAGUGACGGCGUCUGGUCCCGCAGAGAAGCAGCGGCUGCCAAUCAAGAACAAUCCCAAAAACUGACUGGUAGAGAGAACUAGGACUGUCGUGUUCAGUGGUUCUGUCUGUGUAAUCAACUGUUCAAUGUUUUUAAAUUAUUUGUAUAGGUGUAACUUGCAAAGUAGGACGGGUGGGACAUGUCCCCACCACUUUUUAAAACAUCUCGCGGGACGGGUGUAUCUAACACAAAUAGAUAAAACAUCUCCGGUUAACCAGCAGCAGAGCAU